CUAUUACUGUAUCAAUAGUUAUUAUAAAUAACUUUACAUAUAAUACCUAUUGUAUGAAAAUUUAUUUGUAGUUUUAUUAGUAUUUUAUAAAAUGGUGUAUGUGCAAUACCUUAAUAUAUUUGGUGCAGUGUAUUAACUUAAUCAAAUGUAGAAAAAUGUGACCAAAAAUAUAAAUUUGUUUUUAUAACUAUUAAAAAUGUUCAUACUAGUCAAUUUUACAAAAAAUUAAUUAUUACAAAAUAUGAAAUACUUGCCAAAAUCACCAUAAAUAAUUUGUAAAGAAGUCAAUUUUUAAUGAUUUUAAAAAAGAAUGCAUAACUUAAUCCAGAGGCUAAUUUUUGGAUUAUUACUAUUGUUAUUAUCAGUCAUUAUUUGGGUUAUUUCUUCUCAGUUUUUAAAUUCAGUUCCUAACCAAAAAGAAGACUUCAAAAAACCUUUUUUUUUUGCUUAUGCCAAAGCAUCUAUAUUUACAAUAUACUUAUUAAUUUAUGUCAUAUUUAAAGAAUUCCGUAAACCUUGUAAAAAUCAAAGUAACUACAUGUUCAUUAACUUUGAUGCUGUUGGAGAGGAUGAUGAAGAUGCUGAUAAUGUUUUUUCUGAUGAAAAUAAUCAUUUGAGUAGUGCAAGUUAUGUACCUGUCAAAAAUUCUAGUAUGACAUCAGGAACUGAAAGUGAUGAUUCUGGAAGUAUUAAAUCCGAAAGCAAAAUUGUUCGGUUUAACAAAGUUGCUGAAGUCCGACAUUUAUCAGAAACAGAAGCAAAAGAAGCAUUGAUGUCUCGAUUAUCAUAUGCUGCUACAUUAAGAGCUAGAGAAGUAUGUCAAUUAUCUAGACAACUUCUUAAUCUCCAUCAAACUACUAAACUUGCCUUUACUGUAGCUCCACUGUGGGGCUUUGCUAAUUUGUUACAUCAAUACUCUUUGGUGUACUUGGAGCAUAACUUAGUGUCUUGUAUGAUGUCUACUACUAGCUUUUUUACUGUUAUUUUAUCUUUGUUCUUUGUUACGCCUACUGCAGAUCGUUUUACAGUUGCAAAGUUUUUAACUGUAUUGUGUGGUAUAGUUGGAAAUAUAAUACUAAUAAUACCAGAUAUGAAUUUCAGUUUUCAUAAAAUAGACUUUGGUUUCUUAUUAUCCUUGAGUAGUGCCCUGUUUUAUGCACUUAAUAUUGUAACCAUACGAUCAUGGAUUGACCAUGAAGAUAAAUUAGAUAUUACUUUAUAUUUUGGUCUUGUUGGUCUUUUUAAUGUUUUAAUGUUUUGGCCUAUUUUUAUAUUUCUUCAUUAUUUUGAAAUUGAAACUUUUGAAUGGCCUAGCAAACAACAAGUGCUGUCAUUAAUAGUUAAUGGAAUUAUGAAAACCACAUUACCUGAAGUCAUAUGGUUAUGGGGUUGUCUGCUAACAUCAUCAAUUAUUGCAACAAUGUCAAUAGGAUUUAUUGUUCCAAUAAAUUUAAUUCUUCGAGGACUUAAUAGCCAUAAAAAAUCUGAUGGAGAAAGACUACUUUUACCAUCACUUUAUUUUGGUUUAGUUCCUAUAGUUUUGUCAUUUUUUACUCUAAUAUGGUUAACAUACAGGAAAAAUUAUAAUAAAAAUGAUGGUUGUUUUUACCGUUUUCAAAAAAGAAAUUCACUUAGAUUUAGAGAUUUUGAUUCAGAACAAGCUGAAUCUCUCAUACAAAUUCAUGAAACUGACAAAGAAAUGUGAUGCAAUGAGAAUUCUAAAAUUUAACACUUGUGCAAUACAUUAAAAAUUUUUAGUUAUACCAAUAUCAUUCAAAUCUUUCAAGACUUUUCCAUUGUAUUUUAAUUAAUAAUACUUAAGUAUUAAUCAUUAAUAAACUUGACAUUAUAUAGUACAACAUUAAACUUUAUUUUAC